AUGUCUUGGCUUCAUAUUCAUACAUUACUACUGGAUGGAUGUGAGUAAAAUACUUAUUAAAUCUCGAUCUUCUUUAAUAUUAUUCUUGCUGUUAACAAGUUAUUCAAUCCGUAAUGUGAAAUUUUUUACCAGAUUAGAGUUUCACUUUUAUUUCAAUAAGUUCAUCAUUUUUUUAUGUCAAGUUUGAUUUCAGAUAUUUUAACUUGUAUAAUCUUAAACCUAUACGGUCAAACUUCUAGAUAUGGGUGUGCAUGAUCUACAAUCUUUUCUUUUCGCAUGAUCAUUAAUUCAGUAUUUUCGUAUAAUUUGUCCACUUGUUCGAUAAGAUUUUCCUUUGUUUCAACCAAUAAAACUGUUAUCUGAGUAAACCAAUAUUCCUAUUAUGCAAUCAUCCAAUCGUAUUUUAUUAUCUUCAAUAUGGUUCUCCCUGAUAAAUUUUUCUCAAACUAUAUUAAAUAGUAUGGGGAACAAAGCAUCUUCUUGUCUUAAACCAGUCGUUACUGGCAUGCCUUCUGAUAAAAUAUUGCCAACUUUGAUUUUUUAUUUCUAUGUGUAAGAUACUUGCUUUUAUCUAUUGAAUUAAUUUUUGUGGUUGUUUAUACCUUCUUAAUUUGUUUAAGAGAGAUUCUUUAUGUAAACAAUCUUGCACCUUUUAAAUUUGAUAAAUAAUAGAUUCAUUUAUUUGUCAAUCUCCCACAUUUUUUUGUAAAAUUUACUUAAAAAUGAAUUCUUGAUCUAUGUAUAGCCAUACUACUAUACAAAAAGUUGCAACAGUAUGUAUUUUUAAUUGUAUACUGAAUAAAUAUACAGCAUUUAGUUUAUAUUUAUUUUUUAAAUUAUAAAAAGCAAGUAAACUUUACUUAAUAUGUUAAUACCUAUUCAAUAUAUUAAACAUGAAUCAUAAAAGAAUAUUUUUUUUAAAUUUUUCAUUUUUGAAUUGUUUAUAUUAUAUUCCAUAGGGUGUUUCAUUAAGAACACCAGAUUUAAUUUCAUUAUUGUUUUAAUAAAAAAAAAAAAUUAAGAACAAACAAAUUAUAUAAAAAUGUAGUUUACGCACUCCGAUUUAUGUAUGGAAUAUAAUAUUUGGCAUAUGUCCAUAUCUAUUUCGCUGGAAAACUUCAGUUCUGGCGACGAAAUUGCCUAUCACUCACUGACACAUAUCCUUGUUCAUUUCGUUAAUAACAUUACAAAUGUUAUCCUUAAAUUCUUCUAUAGUUCAUGGUUUAUUUUCAUAGACGUGAGCUUUAACAUUACCCCAAAAAAUGAAAUCCAAUGGAAUUAGGUCACACAACUUGGAAAGCUAGUUCUCAUCACCACUUUGUGUAAUAAGUUCAUCCUCAAAUUGUUUGCACAAUAAUAUAAUUUUCGCAUGAGUAGUAUGUCAAGUACCAUCCUGCUAGAACCACAUACCGGCUGUGUCCAUAUCACGUAAAGCUGGCCAAAAAAACUCUAUAAACAUACCUCGGUGACAUUCUCCAUUUACUGUCACUGUGUUUACAUGUGUCGUAUAUUAUAUAAAUAAUUAAUAUACAUAAAUCCUAGUGUGUAUAUUACAUGUUCGUAUAAUUUUUUUGUAAUAAAGUAAUAACAAAAUUAAAUCCGGCGUUCUUAAUAAAAUACCCUAUAUAUAUAAAUAUACCUGAAAACAAAGUAUUAUUUUGUUCACUUUAAAUCACCCUGUAUAUUAUUUAUUAAUGUAUAAAUUACAAUAAUGUUUUAUUUAUUUAUUGUCUCAUAAGAAAACAGUUUUUUUUUUUUUUUUUUUUUUUUUUUUUUUUUUUUUUUUUUUUGUACAUUAUUUAAAUAAAGUGAAUCCUAAAUAGAAAAAAUAACAUUUUAGAAUUUACAUAAUUUAAUUUAUAAAAAAAUGUAAGUUUAAUAAUCAAUGCAUUUAUUAAUAAUUUAUUUAAUUUGUUUAUUUAUUGAUCAUUUUUUAAAUUAUUUAAAUAUAAACUGGAGUUGCUAUUAAUUAUUAUUAUUUUUGUUAUUUGUGAAUUUUAUUUUUUUUUAAAUUUUACAUAAUAUAAUUAAUGUACAAUUUGAUACAAUUUUAUUAAUACUAGUUUACACAAUGCACGUAUAAAUCUCAUUUAUCUCUGAUCAUUUUUCAUUACUUAGUUCGAAAAUUAAUAUAUUAGUAAUUAUUUUCUAAAAUAGAGUUUAGUUUUAGUAACUUUUCAAAAUUCUCAAUUUUAAUUUUAAAUUUCUUUCCUCAAUAAUUAAACAAUGUAACAUUAAAUAAACCAAAAAUCAUUAAAAAUAGAUUAUAUUUAUUUUUAGUAUACUUAACUAUGACACUACUUUAAUCUAUAAUUAAAUAUAAUCCUACCAUAGUUUUAUUGUUUAUUAUUUAAAAAAAACAUAUUUAAUAUCAUGGCUUUGUGAUAUCAUUUAAAAUGAUUUUAUUUUUAUUCCUUUGAGUAAUAAUAAUCAUUUUAAUUAACAUAAUCACAUUUAAAAUUUUUUAAAUAUUAAUCUCUCCUAAUAAAUUAAUAAAUAACUUAAAUCUGUAAACAUUUGUACUCUCUUCAUUGUUAGUAAACAGAUUUCCCAGUUAUAAAACAUGUACCUAUAAUUUUUCUUUACAAAUAUAGGCGGUACUAUACCCUAUUUGCAGGAGGCAGACAAACACUAUCUUGUCCAAAUUUUUUAGGCUCGUUACACUAUUAAAAACAAUGUUUAAUUUUUAACUAAAUUGGUAUAUUAUGUUACUUUUAAAAAUUUUAAUUAUUCAAAAUAAUUACAAAAAUUACUGCCUGUGGUAACAAAUAUUUAAUAAACUGUUAAGUAACAAUAAAGUAUUAUAAAUUAUUAAUGAAUUACACAAAACUUUUACUCAUAUGACAUCGAAGUACAUUAUUUUACUUAAUCUCAGUUUUUACUUAUUUGAUACCACUAUAAAAAAUAAAAACCUUCUAUAAUAUUGCUUUGAAUUAUCAGAUUAUUGUUAAUAUAAACAUAAUAAUUUUGUUAAUAUAUUAUUUCUUGUAAAAUUAAUAUAAACUUCAAAAUAGUCUUUAUUAUUUAAAUCUACUCUAUAUUAAACUUUAUUAUUUCUGUGUGGUUUAUAUAAAAAAUAAAAUAAUAUAACUAGUCUGUACUCUAUAUAAAAUAUGUAAAAUUGAUUAACUUGUAUGUCUAAAUAAUAAAUAUAGUUUGUCUGUGAUACGUUUAAUUAAACAUCCAUAUAUGUAUUGAAUUUACAUUGUGUUUAAUAUAAACAUAAAAAAAAUAGCUAAGCGGAAAGUUAUUAAGAGGAAUAGCAUUAUAUAUACAUUAAAAUUUGUGGCAAAUUUAAAACAAAUUAUAUAAACGACCAAAAUAUAAAUUAUAUCAUAAUAUAAUAAACACCACUACAUUAUUGUUAGAUUUGUUGUAAAUUAAAUAUUUUGUUUUUUACUCACUUAAUUUAACGAAACUUAAACACUGAGUAGUGUUAAUAUGAUAAAUUUUAAUUUUAUACACUAUAUUAUUGACACUAAAUGUAAUUAUGUUUUUUAUAUACUAAUUUAUUUUAAUGAUUAAUUUUUCAUUAGCUAUAAUAUUUUUAACUUUUUAUUAGUUAAACAAAUAAUAUUAAAAUAUCUUUAUUAUACUUUUUAUAACAGAAAUUGUGUUAUCUUCUCUUAAAUAAUAAUUUAUAAUUUAGUUAACUGACAUUGAAAAAUAAUAUUAAAUAAAAUUCACCUUUUAAGAAAUUGGUCAUGACUGUAUUGGUAGGUAUUUGUUUAUUUUUAUUCCUUGUAUGAAAUAUUUAAAAUUUAAGAUUAUAAAAAUUAUGUUUAUAUAUUUUAUAAUUUCACUAGUCCUUUAAAAUGUAAUGAAUACAUAUAUGUAUAUAUAUAUAUUUUUUUUUUUGAUACAAUUCAUUUUUUUGAAAAGUAGAAUAUAUUAUCUCUCAACAAGUGAAUGUCUGAUUGUUUUAUAUAAAAAUGUUAUAAUUAGACUAAUUUAAUAAAACAUCUAUACAAAAUACUCUAGUUUUAAUUUUUAAUUUAUGAACAAUAUUUAAAAUAAUGGUUAAAUAUUUAUUUUUAGAAAAGAAAAUUGAAUAAUUAUUGGUUUUAAUUAUUUAUGCUAUAAACAGAUCUAUUAUUUUAAAAAUUGUAACUACUUUUAUUAUUUUAAGAUAUUUCAUGUAUGCAAUAUGUUUUGUAAAAUCUUGUAAUAUAAACAAUAAUUUUGUGUGUUUUUUAUAAUUACAUUUUUGCCUAAAUAUAUGUAUUGUGAAUAUGCACACACUAUAAUAUUAUUACUAUAUUAUUGUAUUAGUGUUUUGUACACACUUGGAUUAAUAUAUCUGUUAUAAGCUUGAAACUUAAAGAGUUGAGCUAUAUUUUAUAUGAAGAUAUAAUAUUACAAAAUUAUAUUCCCAAAACGUGUUUUCUGUUUAAUGAACAUCACCACAAUUUUACUCUAUCAAAUGAAAUUUAAUAUUACAUGUAUUCUCAUUAUCAAAAUGUUCUAAUUCUUGUAAGCACUUAAAUGCAUUUAAAGUUAUUUUACAACCAAAACGUUUAAUUGAAAAAUUAUACAUAAUUAUGUAUUAUUCAUACAUAUUUAAAACAAAAAUAACAAUUUUCGCUUUUUCAUAAAAGUCCAGCCAAUAAGAUUAAAAUUCCAAAAAUUUGAUUCGCUUUGUUCACGUUAUCGGUCACUAUUGAAAUUCAAUUUCUGUAUAGUACAAUGAACGCAUAAAUAUAUUUUAUAAUCAGCUGUCAAAUCGUAUUAAAAUAGCUGAUAAAAUCCGAAUUAAAUAUUUAUGGAUUUCCCACAAAUUAUCUGUGGACUAUGAUCAACAACAACUCUACAUACAGGUGUCAUACACGUCUCACGAUAACAAUUGUGUUAAUGGGUUUACACAGGCAAUACUGAAUAUUUUUAUGUAUUUCAAAUUAUUCAUAUUAUAUUAAUUCAUACAAGUUUCGUUUUAAUACAAUAAAUUAUUAGUUUUAUUAUUUAUUAUUAUUAAGAUCUCUGUUCCUUUUGUAUUUUUCGAUCAGCAACACUCAUUCAAGCUGUCAAACGUACAGCUUUAGAUAUACGUAAAGUGGUUAUUAGGUUGCACAACGAAGGAAAAGUUUCACGUGAAAUAGCUAAAAUUUUGGCUAUCGGAAAAUCAACUGUUAACGAUAUAAUAAAUAAAUUCAAGAUUACAGGUACUUUAGAAGAUAAAUACUGUUCCGGGAGACAUAGGAAAACAACUAUUCGUGUCUAUAAAAUAAUUAAAAGAAAGGCUGUAACAGAUGUAAAAAAGAAUGCUGCAAUCAUCGCACGUGAAUUACGCGAACAAAAUUCGGCUGACUUAAGUCGAAAUACUAUUUUACGUAAACUGACAGAAGUGGGAUUUUUUAGACGUGUUGGAAUUAAAAAAUCAAUCAUUAAUAAAAAAAAAUAAAAGGCAAGAUUAGAAUUCGCUAAAAAAUACCAGAGCUGGACUGCUGAACAUUGGAAGAAAAUGCUGUUUUCAGACGAAACUAAAAUAAAUUUGUUUCAAAAUGAUGAAAGAAGGUAAGUUUGACGAUAAAAAGUUACUAUAAAUAGAAAUGAUCUUUGAUAUCAAACACCAACUUUCAAACACAAUGAAGGUAG